AUCGUAUUGUCUUCACAAAUCACAAUUCCUCAUUCCAGAAUUAGGGUUUCUAAAAAAUGGCGACUCCACAAAAAAUCCUAGCUCUAUCUCGAACUAUCUUCACCACCAAACCCAUCAAACAAUCUCUCGCAUCAAUCCUUUUAUCUCGUACUUUCUGUUCUUCAGCUAAACCAUCAUCUUUCUCUCUAAUCCGUCUUCGUCCCCUCGCCUCCUCAACCGCCAUCUUUCGCUCUUCUACUUCUGUCCGAGAUUUCUCAACUCAAGAAUCUCAGACUUCUUUGAAUGAUAAUAACCCUAAUUGGUCCAAUCGUCCUCCAAAAGAAACUAUCUUACUUGAUGGCUGUGAUUUUGAACACUGGCUUGUUGUUACAGAUAAUCCCCCUGAAAAUGCCACUCGUGAUGAAAUUAUUGAUUCUUAUAUCAAAACGUUAGCACAAGUUGUUGGAAGUGAGGAAGAAGCAAGAAUGAAAAUUUACUCUGUUUCCACAAGGCAUUACUUUGCUUUUGGAGCCCUGGUGUCUGAGGAGCUGUCUUACAAGCUUAAAGAGUUGCCAAAUGUUCGUUGGGUCCUCCCUGACUCAUACUUGGAUGUCAAAAACAAAGAUUAUGGAGGGGAACCGUUUAUCGAUGGUCGAGCUGUCCCAUAUGAUCCCAAGUAUCAUGAAGAAUGGGUCAGGAACAACGCAAAGGCACAAGAGAGGAAUAGACGCAAUGAUAGACCUCGUAAUGCUGAUCGUUCGAGGAACUUUGACAGAAGACAAGGAGGGAGUUCAAAUUACCAGAAUCCUGGAGCAACUAAUAUGGUAGGUCCUGGAAGCUACAGGCCAGGUCCGCCAAAUGCUGGUGGCCCACCACCUAACAUGCCACCCAACAACGCUGGCUAUGUACAAAACAUGCCACCCAACACUGCUGGAUUUGCGCAAAACAUGCCACCCAACAAUGCUGGAUUUGCGCAAAAUAUGCCACCCAACAAUGCUGGAUUUGCGCAAAAUAUGCCACCCAACAAUGCUAGAUAUGCACAAAACAUGCCACCAAACAAUGCUGGGUAUGCACCAAAUAUGCCACCUCACAAUGCUGGGCAUGCACCAAAUAUGCCACAUCACAAUGCUGGGUAUGCACCGAAUGCACCACAUAACAAUGCUGGUUAUGCACAAAAUAAUCCUGGAUUUGCUCAACCUCCUCCCAACUACAGAGGCGAGGGCAAUCCUGGUUCUCAAACAGGUGUGGGAGGCCAGCCUGGUGGAACCUAUCAGCCCCAAGAUGUGCCUGGACGAGAUAUGCCGAAUUAUUAGUGAUCUAGUAGCUAAUUUGCUUAUGUCUAUAGUUUGCCUAUGACAUUUUUUUGCGCCCUUUCAACUAUCAAGUCGUGGAACCUAUCUGCAGUGAUAGUUUAAAAUCAUUUAUGUUGGUUGCUGUUGAACCUUAAACCCUUUCAUCUUUCAAGUGUCUUUUGUUCCAUUCAAUAGGAUUCUGAGUUGAUAUGUUUUCAUAGGUCAUUGUGCUUCGAGGCGGGUUGCAAGUAAAGUAUAUUUAGAGAGGGUUGAUGGCAACCUUCUGUUG